AUGAAGGCACCUCCUCGACUCUUAUCAGAAGGGGAGUAUCCAAAAUGCCUUGCCUUCCAAGGUGGUCCAGAUAUGGAGACUUGGAUGAGGGGCUUUGACGAAAGAUUCAUCAUCACCAUGGGAAUGGCGAGGUUUCUCCUUCAUUCAUCGAAACUGUUGCGUAAGCGGAGAUAUGAAUUGCGACAUAUCGAAGGCUUGGGGACGUAUUUCAAGAGACUGAAAGCAGAUCUCAAGCGGUUCAGGAAAUGGGCCAGAAAGGCAGAAGACCUUGAAGAUGUGGCAAGGAUACGAGGCAACAUAUCUGCAUUACGACAGAGGAUGACCAGCUGGUUCAUAUGCUCAUUCACUGGGCAGGAAAUGGCAGUGUACUAG